AUGCACACUUCAUUCUACCUUCAAACGCCCAAUGGCACCAAUGUUCACUAUGCGCAAUCUGGCAAUGAAUCAGGACCGCUGAUCAUUUUUCUUCAUGGACUAGGGGGAUCGACUAAGACGUUCGACUCUCUAUUACCUUUUCUUUCGCCUCAACUGAACCGUCUAGUCUGUGUAGACUUUGAAGGAUUUGGUCAAACCGCUUUAUCUUCGCCUGAAGUUGUUCUCUCAAUCACACGAUAUGUCAAUGACUUGGAACAUCUCGUGAAAUAUUUGCAAAGCACUCCUACGAAUACAACAGGAGCCAAGAUUACCCUCAUCGGCCACAGCCUCGGAGCCAUCGUCUCAAUGCACUACGCCUCCAAACAUCCAUCACAAACUCAACUGGUUGUCUUGCUCGGCGCUGGACGGUCAAUCGCCCAUAUUCCAGCUGCGAGAGAAAGAAUGCUAGACAUGGCCGCGGAGACACGCAAGAAGGGUAUUCAAGCUGCUGCGGAGAUGGCUGCAAGGUCCAACUUCCCACCUCAGGGCUCGGUAGCUUCUGAGAUUCGACAGUCUGUCCGAGACGCUGUUGGCAGCUGCGACGCUGAGGCAUAUGCCAGGGCAUGUGAAGCAGUUGCGGAUUUAAAUCAUUCUGAUCCCGAUUAUAGCUCCAUUGAUGCGCCAACUUUGUUGUUAGCCGGAAGUGGGGACAUUAUCUCACCCGUUGAAAGAUCAUUAGAAUUGAAAGAGCUCAUUGGUGACAAUGCCUCAGUCAAGGUUCUUGGGGGUGUUGGACAUCAGAUGCUUCUACAGGACCUGGCGGGUUCCGUGGAAGCAAUUCAAGCGCUUCAGAAUAGAUGUACUUAA